GCUCCCGCAGAAUGAACAGCGAAACCCGAAAAUGGAGAAAAUGUGGCAGAAAACGCGUGGUACGGAACGGCGUUACAUCACAACCCCAUUCUAGCGACUCAACCGUGCGCUGAAGAUAUCAAUUUGAAUAAUGCACAGGGAAAUCGAGAAUCUGAACACGAACGCGAUGGAUCCAGCCUACAUUUGCACGAGCGAAUGUCACAACGCAACAGAAAUAACGUUUCCGCUAAAACCGCCGGACCCCAACGACACGUUUUUGAAUCGUCAGUUCAUGGAAGACAGAUCGAUAAACCAGAGUGACUCAAUUAAUUUGCGAAUGGUUCUCGAUCUGAAUAGCUCACUCAGUGAAAUGUACGGGGAUAGAACGAUUAACGGAUCGUUUUCGAACAGCACGUUUGAAAAUGGAACGUGUAGGGAUGUGCAUGUGUAUAACUUUUGGGCGUUAUCGUUACUAGUGUUCCCGUUAUUAACGUUAUUUGGAAAUGUUCUAGUGAUAAUGAGUGUAGUUAAAGAGAGGAGUCUUCAAACAGCGACGAAUUACUUUAUUGUGAGUCUGGCUGUAGCCGACUUGUUGGUAGCCGUGGUGGUGAUGCCGUUCGGAGUAUACUAUUUGUUCUACGGGGUGUGGGGCCUACCAGCCGUGGUGUGCGACUGCUACAUCGCAAUGGACGUCACAUGCUCCACGUCCAGCAUAUUCAAUCUCGUCGCCAUAUCCGUCGACAGGUUCAUAGCAGUGACACAGCCUAUAAAAUACGCGAAGCACAAGAGCAGUGGCCGGGUGUCUAUGACCAUAGCUGUGGCAUGGCUGGUGUCUAUGGCCAUAGGGUCGCCAAUAGUCCUGGGCCUCAACAACACCCCAGCCAGAAGAGAAGACCAGUGCCUCUUCAACAACACCGACUACGUCAUAUAUUCUUCCGUCGGGUCUUUCUACAUACCCUGCGUGGUUAUACUGCUGUUGUAUUAUCAUAUAUUUAAGGCAAUCCGCAAACGCGCCAAGAAGCAGCGCCAAGCGAAGACGUCAUCAGCUCUAAGCUCAGCCGUGGCCAGCAGUACGGCGGCUGUCGUGAUCGAGAAUGUUGCGCAGACGCAGCAGCUAGACGGCUUGCAGGACCAGCCAACCAACACCGCUUCUGGCAGCAACGAGGACGACGACGAUGACAACUUUGGCAGGACAGACAUAGGAGCGUUUGCUGAAGAGAUGAACAUGAAGUCCGCUCGGUUCAUGUUGGCUGCUGUCGUCGAGGAGACUGGCCUAAUAAUGGCCAACCUGGCAUCUCCGAUCCCGAUGAUGGACCCCAACACGAACAACGACUCGGGCUAUGUAGCGUCAAACAUCGACGUGGUAGACGGUGACGUCAAGGAGACCACUCCUCCUGUCUCCCCUACUCAAAAGGAGAACAAAGAGAAGAAGGCGGAAGCUGAGAAGAAAGACGGAGUGAAGAAACCGGAGUUGAGGAAGAAGCUAAGUCGGAUAGGCAGCAGCUCCGUGAUCUCGACUCCUCGAAAGCGGUUCAGGAGUGCGGCCGCCGCAGCACGGUUCACCAUCUUCCGAGCCAACCGCGCGGGCAAGAUGCGUGCCAAGUCGUUCGCCAAGAAGGAGAAGAAGGCCACGCAGACCUUGGCUAUUGUACUUGGCGUGUUCCUGUUCUGCUGGGCGCCAUUCUUCACGUGCUCAGUCCUGGACGCGAUCUGCACCAAGUUCGACCUGCCCUACUCCCCAGGGGUCACUGCCUUCAUGCUCACCACUUGGCUGGGCUACAUCAACUCCUUCCUCAACCCCGUUAUCUACACCAUCUUCAACCCUGAGUUCCGGAAGGCGUUUAGAAAGAUACUCCACUUCGGCACCUAGCCCUACUAUUGCGUCGUCUAUGAGCAAAGCGUUCGGUUUUGACACUCCUCUCCUAAGUAAGUGUAUAGAGUAGUACCUAUUUUGGAGCAAAGUGGAAGCGGUAGAUAAUCAUAAUACUUUAUUUGCCAUUUAGAAGGGUAUAUUACAUUGUUGGUCGUCAUUAAAAUUAGUUCCUCCUAGUCAGCUAUUGACAAUAGCAUGCACAUAUUUAAAAUGUACACAUAUUAAUCUUUUAAAAAUAAAAUUCAAAAUAUCAAAUAUAACAUGUCAAAAUUAGACAAAUUAGAUGCAGUUUCUGGUUGACAUUUAAAACAGGAUGUCUAUUUUUUUCUUUUAUU